GCAUCUUUGCUGGACUGGAGGUCAGUCUCCUGGUGAAACUGGCACUGACGAGUGGUAUUCUUCUACAAGAUGAGGGCUGCAGUUCUGCUGUUUGUUGCGGGGUUGUGCGUGUUGAACGUCACAUCUUCGCUGAAAAUCUGCGCUUUUAAUGUUCAGAGCUUCGGUGAAUCGAAGGCAAACAACAAGAAGGUUAUGGGGAUUCUACUACAGAUUCUGUCUCGGUGUGACUUGUGUCUUAUUCAAGAGGUCCGAGACUCUAAAGGAGCAGCAAUACAAACUUUGGUUAAGGAUCUUAACAGAUUUGACAAAUCCAACUCAUACUCCUAUGUGGAAAGUGAAAGGCUGGGGAGGAAGACCUACAAGGAGCAGUAUGUCUACAUUUACAGGAACAAUGUGCUGACGGUCAAAGAGCAAUAUCAGUAUCCUAAACUGGAAGGAGAAGGGACCAAUGAAACGGAUGUUUUCUCCAGAGAGCCUUUCAUCGUUCGCUUUCACUCCCCUACAACAUUGGUGAAGGACUUUGUCCUGAUUGGACAUCACACCUGUCCCAGAAAUGCCAUGAAGGAGAUUGAUGAACUGUACACGGUCUUCAAAGGAAUUUACAAGAAGUGGAGGACUGAUAAUGUGAUGAUCUUAGGGGACCUCAAUGCCGGCUGCAACUACGUCACCAUCAAGGGCUGGAGAGCUGUGCGUUUGAGGAGUGACCCCAAAUUUCGCUGGCUAAUUGGAGAUGAGCAGGACACUACUGUCCGUGAGAAGACACAUUGUGCCUAUGACAGGAUCAUUGUCCAUGGACGUGAGAUAAUCUCCAGUAUAGUGCCAGAUUCAGCCCAACCAUUCAACUUUAAAGAGAGCUUCCAUCUCACAGAGGAAGAGGCUCUUGAGGUGAGUGAUCAUUUUCCUGUAGAGGUUGACCUGAAGCCCAAUCACCGCUACCUCCUCCGCAAUGAGCUGUAGGACAACCAUCUGCUAACCAGGAUGUCUUCAUUUUAAC